UAUACAAAUAUACGAUGGAAAUAUAAUUUAUUUGAUCAAAUCCAAGAGAUUUAAACCAUUAAUCAUCAUUGCAAAUUGCGCAGUCAUAAACAUAAAGUGUAAAAUUCAAUCACAUAUUGUCGCGUAGAACCAGAACGCCAGAGACCUAGACGGAUAACCUCAUAUUUGGGAAAAAUGAUUGGAAAUUAGCACCAGAAUCUAUCCAACUACUGGACGAACACUCAAGUUGCUACGAAGAUAGCGCUGCAAUUGGUGAAACAUGAUUUCGCGUACAACGGAAUGGCAUUUGACGAGAAGUUCGAGAAGUACUUUCUACAUACAACGAAUGCUCUAGUCGCUCAAGUGUACGAACAAUUUAUCUGGGAGAUGCAAUCCAUUGGGAUUCCAUUUCAAAGUUACUGUGCAAGCGGUGAGACUGAAAUAAAUCGAUGGAAUAACUGCCAGCAGACUGAUCAAAUGGCACCAACAAUAAACCAAGAGGCACUCGGCGAUUGGCCACAAAAAUUACCAUUUUCAACACCAUUUUAUGAUGAAAUAAAUGCAUCUGAAGCAAGCGUACUUCACAAUGAAACGUUCCACCAACAUUCCGAAUUUGUGGACAACAACAUCCAUUUAAAUAAUGUCAAUGAGUGGAUCGAAGCAAUGAUUGGCAACCAACUAAUUUUGACCGCUGAAAUCGACGGGACACAAGCGACUAUUUCGUCUGGAAAUGGCCUGAAUGGAAACGGGAUUGGCAGUGAUAAUCCAAUCGAAACAUCGACAAAAAUACUGACAACGGCUUGUCAAAAUUCUGUGCAGCCAACCAUCGAUUCGAUUAUACAAGCGGGAGAUCCAGAUACAAAUGGAGUCAUCCAUUGCCUAGAAAUGAAUAAUUGUAUGAAUGAACAUCAAUCAGUGUCAGCUUUGACCCCAAGGGGCAAACUACUUCACUUUCGUAAUUCUUAUAAUUCAAUCUAGUACUCCGAUAAUUCCAAAAAAUUCUAUAUAAUUCCAUACAAUGCCACAUAAUUCCAAACAGUUUUUGAAGUAUUUUAAAUAGUUGUUU